UUGAUCACAACAAAGUAAAUAAAAUUUCCAUUAAACUAAAUUACACCCUCGUGUUAAAAUAAAAAUUAAUAAUUUAAUAAUAAAAAAAAUAAUUAACAAUGUUCAUAAUUACCGUUAAUAAUUGUUGUAAUAAAUUAUUAAAAUAUAACAACACUAAUAAAUAAUGAAUCAAAUAAUAAAAUCAUUUUAUUUUAUGUUUAUUAUUUUUAUUCAUUUACAUCAAUGUCAAGCAAUAGACUGUUUCAAAUGUAUGUCAGUUGGUGGUGACAAUAAAGAGUGUGACGACCCUUUUCAUAACAACGGAUCAAUUGGUUUUUUAGAAUCACCGUGUUUAAGUGGUCGUAAAGGACGUGAUGGUCUUUUUCCGGCUACUUCUUGUAUCAAACUUUCAGGAUUUUAUUAUGAUACUGGAGUUUCAUUAACAAUUAGAACAUGUGCAUUAGAUAGUGGAACACUUACAACUGAUUCUGAAAUAGUGCGAAUGUCACAUUGUGGUGGUUUUUAUUUCGCUGAUAAAUACGUUCGCGGCUGUGUUCAAUCCUGUAAUGACGUUGACGCUUGCAACUCUUCUAUAUCAAUAACCAAAAUAAAUAUCUCUCAUUACUUAAUAUUCAUCAUAAUAAUACAAUUUUUAUAUAAAAACUUAUAAUGCUGUACGCUUAAAAUAAUGUAAUUAUUAUAAAAAAAUUAUGUCAUCAAAAUAAUCAAUUAACUAUUUUUUAUAAUAAUUAUGAGCUGAGCACUGCCUUAAAUUAAAUUUGUUAAAGUCACAAUAAAGCUUCUUUAAAAAUCGCAAAGAAAUUU